AUGUUUGUGAGAAAAGCGCAGAUAACAGUUGGGCUUCCAGAUCUGUACCAGACUGGACUGGAAGCGAUUGCAGGGGGUGUGUGUUCGUGUGAGCCUGGCCCAGAGGUGGUCGGUCGGUCGGUCGGGCGGGCGGGAAGAGAUGCUCGUCUCCAAGGCGUCAUGUGUCCAUCGGGUCCGGCCGAUAACGGCCAUUCCCAUUUAUCCACUUUAUUUCUCACGUCAAUACGGAGUAUCCGCGAGGCUCGUCGUAGACAGAGUAGCGCAGUUGGGUCUCGUUGGUUAAAAAUAUCCGUCUGUUGUGCAUAUCUGUGUGUGUGUGUGUGUGUGUGCUCAUGUAUGUGUGUAAAUGUGAGCCGGCCGACCGACCGGCAGCCAGCAAAGACAGUCGUCUAG